AUGCUUUCAAGAACUCCCUCACCGGCUAAGAGGCAGGCUCUCUCUUCCAAAGACUCAAACAGCUUGAGCUCACAGAAGAAGGGUCUUGUGCGGACGACGCUCGGUUCAAGAUCCCCUUCGAAGUCUCCUAAUAAGUCUCCUAACAAGUCUCCUUCUAAGUCUCCUUCUAAGUCCCCAACACGGUCGCCAACCAAGUCUCAACAGCAGGUGAUAGACGGAGGGCUGUUUACCAAGCCUGUGCCAAAGCUGGGCUUCAAGAUCUUUGAAGAUGCUACUGAUUAUACAAAUGUCCAACGUAUUGCUACUGCCAGUAUCUGUGAUGAGAAUGACGUUGUGCUGGACAAGGAGAACAGAACUCCAUGUCGCGAGGUGAAACGUCACAAGAGAGCUCCAAUGAAAGAUUUGAACAUCGCUCAGUUCCCAUCGUAUAUCCACUACCACGCUCACAACAGCAGACUGGGGGACGGGGCUACUGGUACCUAUUUGCUAGAUACAAAGUGGACUGGAGAUGGCAAGAUUGUGAUACCAAGCUAUGUCACUCCCCCAAGGAAGGACAGAGUACGGUACAUAACCAUGGGCACCAACAAUGCUUCCGUCAAGAGAUCUCACAGCGAAACAGAUCUACAAAAGGAUAAAGCUGUCAAGAGACUAGUAUUUAGCAUUCACGAUGAUUAA